AUGGGCGGAGUUCUCUCAAUUCUGCGAAACACAGCCAAGGCUCUCAUCGCAGCAGCUUCUCUCCUAAGAGCUUUGUCAGCCGAGUUCGAUCAAGCUCUGAAGCGUGCAUCACAACCCCCGGGUCUUCCGGUCCCCAAGCCAUCCGAAACUUACUGGCUCAGCGACCCUCCACACCCUGCACUAUGCGACGCAAGUUCGUCCAAAUUGCCGGAAACUGUGGAUGGGGCCAUCAUCGGUUCCGGGAUAGCUGGCGCUGCUGUCGCGCGGUCAUUAUUACACGAGCGACGCCGUCGCAAUAUCCGCACUACUGAGAAAGUGGUGGUCCUCGAAGCUCGACAGCUAUGCAGCGGUGCAACUGCUCGGAAUGGCGGCCACAUCAAACCUUCAGUGUACGAAAGCUUCUCUCGAUUCAGCAAGCUGUUGCCAAAAGACCGUGCCGCUGCUCUAGCGCGCUUUCAGCUUCUGCACGUCAAGUACUUAACAGAAUUAUGUGAGGGCGAAGGCAUUGAGUCUGCCGAAGCUCGAAAGGUCGAGACUGUGGACUUUUUUCUGGAUGACGAAAGUUUCUCCAAGGCUGUCGCCGAUGUUGAAGAGUUGAAGAAAUGGUUGCCUGAGGUCGAGAUUACGGUGUGGAAAGGUGAUGAAGUUCAGAAGAAAUUCGGUGUCAACAACAGCGUCGUCGGCGCUUUGUCCUACCAAGCAGGCGCUAUAUGGGCGUACCGAUUCGUUGCAUCUAUCUGGAAUAAUCUUCUCAACGAUUAUCAUGAUACGCUCUCUAUCGAGACAAACACUCCCGUAGAGUCAAUCAGCAUCAUAGACACGGCGCCUGAAGACUUCCCAUACGCUGCACAAACUGCCCGAGGAACCAUAUUCGCUCGCCAUAUAGUCCACGCUACGAACAGCUUCGCGAGUCAUCUUGUCCCAGGUCUUCGCAGUAAGAUUGUAGGCGCAAGAGCCCACAUGUCUGCACAGCAACCAGGACAAACAUUCCCGUACGCUGACGGCAUGCACUCAUGGAGUGUAGUCUACGGCGAGGGUUUCGACUACGUCACACAACGACCACCAGCCACCAGUGGUCCCAAAGGAGAUCUGAUGAUCGGAGGCGGCUUCGUGCGAUCGCUGAAACAAGGUAUCGAUCAAGUCGGGCGGUAUGACGACGGUCCCUCACUCGACCCUUUGACCGCCGCACACAUCACGGGUAUCUUUCCGGCAGUGUUUCAUCCCAAAUGGGGUGCUGGUGCUGAGUCGAAGCAAAUGUGGUCUGGUAUCAUUGGCCUGACUGGCGACUACAUGCCCUUCGUCGGUCGCUUGGAUGCAAAGUUGACUGGGCGAGAUGCCAAGACACGAGAACGCGUGGCGCCUAACAAGAACUCAUGUGGAGAGUGGAUUGCGGCGGGCUUCUCGGGAGAGGGCAUGGUGUGGGCCUGGCUUUCGGGUGCUGCUCUUGGUAUCAUGAUUGCUGGUAGUGAAGAAGAGGACUUGCCUGAAGCUCCGGGGAGACCGGGUGGCAAGUUAUCGGAAUGGUUUCCGAAAGAGCUCUUGGUGUCAAAGGAGAGGAUGCGCAGCGCUGAUGUUAGUAAUUUGGCCAAUUAG